UUAAACUUCACAUCUUAUUUGCCCCAUCAGACGAAUGGCUCCAUGAGUCCAUUGAUUCUCGAGCCCUGAUCGUUGCAGAUCCAAUCCUAUUGAGUGCCAUGGUGGCAUUGCAGUAGCUGAGCAGGGUAGGUCGUAUAUACUUUACGGUCAGUUGCCGAUAUAAUCUUAGUACGAACCAUUUACCUUGUAAGUUAAUUAAGGUACACCUUACCAAGAGAUGAAAAAAAGCAUAUUGCAAGGUUGAUAUAAUAGAAGCGAUGCUCUUCAUUUCUCCCGGUGUCAGGACCCCUUUCCCUCUCGCCCGCCCCUCAUCCCUUUGUCAACUCAAAAAAACAGGUGGGUAGAUGAGAUCGCCUCGGUAUCAGCCAAGAUGAAGGUCUCUAGAAUAAUCAUCCACCCCUUCGCCUCUCUGCUGGCGCAGGCUGUUCGAUCAAGCGCCGAGCCCAUCCCUUCUCUGAAUGCCUGCACGAGUCUGUCCUGGGCGCUCCCCGGAAAGGUUUCGUACCGCAAUUCGUCAGCGUUCGCCGUGUCCAACGACUACUGGUCUACACGACAGUCCGAUGUGUCGCCGGAAUGUUUUGCAUACCCCGAGAGCACCGGCGACAUUUCCGUCAUGGUCAAGAUCCUGGCCUCCAUCUCGGCCCCCUUCACCGUCAAAAGCGGUGGUCACACGGCCCACCUGGGCUCGAACCUCCCCGGUGGCGUCACGAUCGACCUCGCGCGCCUUAGCCAGGUGAAAGUCUCGUCCGAUCGGGAAACGACCUCCGUCGGCCCCGGUGCUCGCUGGGUCCAAGUCGCCGCAACCCUUGACCCGAUGGGACUUGCCGUGGUUGGCGGGCGCAUGGGCGACGUUGGAGUGUCUGGCCUCAUCUUGGGAGGUGGAUUAUCAUACUUUUCAGGCAAGCGUGGUUGGGCAUGCGACAAUGUGCGUACUUACGAGGUGGUCUUGGUCUCUGGCGAGGUUAUGGAAGCCUCGCCCGAGCAGAAUCCUGACCUCUAUUGGGCCUUGCGCGGUGGUGGAGGAUCCAGCUUCGGCAUUGUUUCCCGCUUCGACUUGGUCACUUUUGCCCAAGGCGACCUCUGGGGCCUCCAACAAUACCAUCCCCCGGCGGUCCGAGCCGAGCUCUUCUCGAACUAUGUGGAUCUUGUCCUGAACCGUCUUCCUUCAGACUCGGAUGCGCACAACUUUUUGGUUUUCCUCGACAACCCGCUCAUUGGCACCGAGAUCGCCAUAAACUACAUGUACCACGCCACGCUUCCGGCAACCAGUGGUGCCAUCCCUCCCGUCUUUGCCAAAACCGCCGCCGCCUCGAACGUGCUCAGGAACACGACACUGGUCGGCAACGUAUCGACCCACUUCGCCUCUCUAUCCGGCGACCCCAACGGAAGCCGCAGGGCCUGGACCAACAUCGCCGUGCACCUCAAGGACGGGUCAGAGCAGCUGCUCGAAGAGAUUUACACUAUUGCGCAGGGCCACCGCUCGCGCGUAAAGGCGCUCGGCACCGAAACCAACGACAACUCCACCUGGGUCCUGUUCGGCCUGCAUCCCAUCACGACCAACGUGCUCGAGGCCAUGCAGAAGAACGGCGGCAACGCCCUGGGCCUGCGGCUGGAGGAUGGGCCCCUUUCGAUUGUUCAAAUCAACUCCGUCUGGGCGCGCCGUGACCUCGACCAGCGCGUACUGGCAAGCGCCGACAAGGCGAUUGCCGAGAUUCGCGCCCUCGCCGCCGAGAGGGGUGCAGGGUCUGACUUUGUCUACAUGAACUAUGCCGCCCAGAGUCAGGACGUCUUUGCCGGUUACGGCAAGGCAAAUGAGGAGCGGCUGAUCAACGUUGCGCAAAAGUACGACCCCAACGGCACUCUCAAAAGGUUGUGGAAAGGCUAUUUCCAGAUAUAACGGGUUGAAAUUUGUGUAACAUGACUGCAAAACAAUAACCUUGCGUUGUACAGCUGGUCCUAAUUGUUGUAUAAAGGGUCCGCAUAGUACAUGUGCUGUUGUCUGUGUUUUCCUCAGGCUUUAUUAAACUAUCUUAUGACCAAAAGUUCCGUUGUUACAUAUAAGAGGCAAAACAACAGUAAAGAUCUAUCCGCAACAUACUAGAACUAGACCCAGACUAGAUUUAGACGAGCCAAUCAAAACAUUCUAACAGAUC